GCCGCGACCUUUGAAGGAAAGAGGAAGUGCUCGGUCGUCGCGGAGCCGGAGGAGUGGGGCUAGGCAGAGGGAGCGCUAUGUCCGCGGAAGUCCCCGAGGCCGCCUCGGCGGAGGAGCAGAAGGAAAUGGAAGAUAAAGUGACUAGUCCAGAGAAAGCUGAAGAAGCAAAAUUAAAAGCAAGGUAUCCUCACCUGGGACAAAAGCCUGGAGGCUCAGAUUUUUUAAGGAAACGAUUGCAGAAAGGGCAAAAAUAUUUUGAUUCUGGGGAUUACAACAUGGCAAAAGCAAAGAUGAAGAACAAGCAACUUCCUACUGCAGCCCCGGAUAAGACAGAGGUCACUGGUGACCACAUUCCCACUCCACAGGACCUUCCUCAGCGAAAACCAUCCCUUGUUGCUAGCAAGCUAGCUGGCUGAUUAAAAGAGCUGACCUGCAUGAAAUUUCUAAUUCCCAUUAUUUCUCCUCAUAUGUUACUUAUCCACUUUUUAUUCCUUUCAUUCACUAAGUCAUUUGAGACUGAAGGCUUUGCAGGUAGCGAUAGUGUGUGCUGCUAUUGUAAGGGAAUAUACAUGUGUAGAGGUUUUGAUUAGUUUUAACAGUGCACUGAUGAAAAGGACAUGUUAGAGCAACAUAAGUAAUCUACUUGAAAAUAUUUGUAUAUAUUACCUAACUCCCAGUGUAGGUUCCAACAAGUAACAAGCAAAUUUUACAGUUUUAAUGUUUUGAUCUUCCUCACUUCAUCUUAAUUAUAGCUUUGUAUGUUAAACUCUUAUUUAAUGUAACCUCUAUAUUGAUUUCUUCUGUAUUUUCCUUUUGGAUUUUGUAAAACAGAAGUUUAAGACCACAAGUUGGAAGAAAGGUCACAUAAUUCAAACUCAAAUAGAAGGGACUUUGAAAGAUUUGUAUAACUGUGCUUGAACUUGAAUGGCCUUAAACCUGUUUCAGCUUUAACAAUAGAAUUUUACUUGGGCAAUAUUUGCCCAUUUUGGUGUAACUUACGUGACUUCAGUGCUUAACAGCUGUCAUUGAAGCUAGUAUUCUUAUUUCUGUAGUGUUGAAUACCUUUCAUUGUUGAAGAUGUGAUUCAAGUAUGCAUGUGCAUCAACUGUUGAAUUCACUUUUGUGCCAUUUUUGUAAAUACAGUAGUUUUGCACAACCUUUCAUAAAUGUCUGUAUUAAUUUCACACAUUAGAAAGUAGAUAAUGUGCCAACCAGAAGCACAAGAGUUCCUCCUACACAAAACUCUGUCCUUAUCGCUUUUAUAUAAUGAAGUUUAUAAUCUUGGGCUUAUAGAAUACCAAACUUAGGUCUUCACUCAGUCUGCCAUAGAAUUAAGCUUUUACAGUUGUUACUAAUAUCCAUGACAUUCAGUGGCCUUGUGCAAAUAUGAUAUGUUGCUUAGGCAUAUCUUUUGCCCUAUGCAGAUUUCAUUUUGACUUUUAUGAAAAUUGCAGCUCAUAUAAUUUAUAUACGCUUUUUUUAAGUAUAGAGACUUUUUACUUCCACAUUUAACUUUGGGGACCCUAGAGUAAAAGGCUUUCAUACUCUGCCUUCUAUUUUCUUCUCCCCACCCUACCGCCCCACUUAUUUUUUAUUUCUGCCUUUCUUUGCUUCUUUGACUCACAGUAUUGGGCUGUUCAGUUUAUAUGAAAGCAUAGGUGUCUGUAUCCUUACUCUUUUUAAAUUUGCUGUGCUGGAUGCUGUAUUUUAAAAUAUAAUAAUGGUGUUUUCAUUCUAAUUUUUCAGUUGUUAAUUUACCACUUAAUCCUGUAUUAUUAUUGGCAUUAAACAAUUGUUUAAAUAAAAAUUUUAUAAUGAAACAAAUAGUUGAAAGGACUGACCCAGGAAGCUAUGUCAGGUUGAACUGAAUUAAGUAAUUAUGAACUAAGAAUUAGACUUGUGACAAGAGGAACAUACAUGAUAGGUAAAAUUUAUUCAUAAGAAAAAUAUUUAGAUACUUCUUUAGAUGUCACUUUAAUAUGAUUUUUAUUGUACUUGUGGUUUAUCCAGUUAGUGAGAACUUACAAUAGACUUCAUUAGGACAGGUUUACUGUUGUCUUAGAGCUCUUCCCAUAAGCUGUAAUACAGUAGCAUGAUGAUGAGGAUCACUAGACAGCUGAUACUGUUUUUCUGUUCAUCUCUGAAUUGCACAAAGCCUCCCUCUUUUGGAUCCGGGCAUCUUUUCUAGGUCUUGGCUUCAUUUGUAUAACUGCUUUCCUGUGAUCCCAAAUCAUAGAUGGUGCCUUGAACAUAGCACCUACACUUAAAGGCUAAUUAUCUUCCUAUGCCAUCCACCCCAAAGGCAGAAAAGCAACAAAAUCAGUACUGUGCUCAUUUGUAAUUUUAAGGAUCAAUUAUAUAUAAAUAUAUGAAUAUAUUUGUAAUGAGAGCAAGUAUGUUAUUCUAGAGUAUAUACUUACUGUAAGAUCCAUUUAAGAAUUUAAAAAUAUCCUAAAGUAGAAUUUCUAUUAUAGCUAGUCUUGUUUUUUUUUUCCCCAUGAACAUUUGCAAGCUAUCACCAUUAAAUCCAAACAUCAGAAAGAUUAAUCUGAAGGAUCAGAGACCAUGUUAUUCCCAACCAUGAUAGAACUCCUGUGGUUUGUGACAAGUGACAUAACAUCUUCUUGAGUUUUAGUUUGUAAAAUACAAUAUUUAACCUACCUCAAAACUUGUUGAGGAUAUGUGAAAUACUAAGUGCCCCAAAAUAAAAUAUUGUUGAUUGUCUAUUAAAAGUAAAAUUACUCAUACCAACCUGCCUUCUGUAAAGUCACAGUGCUUAAAAUCUCAGGAUUUCCCAUUAGGAAAGACCUGUCAUUAAGGAUUUGUAGGUAUAAUUGCUUAGCUUCCAUUGGUGCUUGGGAUUGAGAGGUUUUAAUUUUUUCUAUUUUUUGUUCUGCCUCUGCCUCAUCAGUUUAUUGAAGACGUUUGCAAGUUCUUUAAUCACUGCUUGAAUGAAGAUUUUAAUGAGAUAUAAUUGUCUAUUUCUACUUUUUUGAAGCUGUGGUUUGAAAAGUGGCUAAUUUUAAUCAUUGUCCUAUUUGCCAUAAUGUUAGAGUAAACUGAUGUUGGAAUUAAUACUUCAUGAAAACUACAUCUGAAGUAAAUUACCUGUUUCAUAUUCAGUAGCUCUUACUUUUGAUAAUACAGUUUUGAGAAACAUUUUGUUCUUGAAGGCUCGACCUAAAAUCGUUCUUGAUAAAUUGAAAUAGGAUUGUUUUGAUGAAUUGGAAAGAGCAUGUUUGUAGUCUACAAAAUUGUUUAAUAAUGUGCUGCUGAUCUAAAAAUAUGUCUUAACUAUUCAACAAAGCAGGUCAUUUAGGGCCUCUACUUGUUAUUACUGCAGCAAGUGAGAAUUAGUGUAACAAAAGCAUACCUCUAAUAUUUAUUGGUACUUUUUACUAAAUUAGAUUUGUGUUCUUAUGCAGUACAAAUAUAGUGUACUUUUAUCAAAGUUGAAAUGUACUAUGUACUUAAAUUGUGCUCUAAAAUUAUUUGGUAGUCAGGAGCAGGUAGCCUAUGGGAAGAGCAUUUCUGAGUGGUCACCAACGCAGUUUCUCCAGUGACCUUUUUAUAUUGCCCAGCAUUCAAGCAUAUUUCUCCCACUUUUCAUUUCCCUCCUGAAACCCAUUUUUGUUUAGGACUAAUGAAUUAUUCAUCCUUAAUAUCCUCCCCAAUAUGCCACGAUUUAGGCAUUUCACAUUGUCUAAAACAUGUCCUAAUCCGAAUAAUGACUGAUAUGAGCCACUGUCUCAGCUCUUAACUCAGCGUGCACUGCCAGUCUUCUGUUUCUACUCCUCAAUUCCCCAGCACAUCUUAUAAAAUUAGGAUCAAAGGAAUCUCUGUGAUUGUUAGAUUUAUGGAUAAAAACACCAAUUUGAAUACUGUGUUACUAAUUUCAACAUUCUAGGUAGGUAUUGUCUGUAGAUUUUACUCUAUAAAUCACUGGUGGUCAUGAUAGCAAUUAAUGUUUGUAGUAUGUCAUCAAUUAAAUGGCAGUUGAAAGAAAACAUCUUACUCCUUUAAUAUUACACCCUCAAAUCUGCUAUGGAAUCUCUAGCAUUUGUUAUACAAUAGGACAUUUUGCCUGUAUUAACAGGGCCAUGAGUAAAUGCCUUUUUUGUUAAACAUAGCUAUAAAGUUGGCAGUUAAAGAAAUUUGUCAAAUAGCCCUUCCAAAAUUAUACUUGUGAAAUACCAAAAAAAUAAAUAAAUUGAUCUGUCUAAUUUCUAUUGAU